AUGCCAUUGUAUGCUUUUGGAUCUAAUGGGAAUGGACAACUGGGCGUAGGCCAUCGCAAAGACUUACAAGUACCUGAAGAAUGCCAUGGGAUUCCAUUUGAUGACAAGAUCAUCAAAGUCACAGGCGGUGGCAAUCACUCUGCUGUCUUACUACAAAGCGGCCGAGUUUUGUUGUCUGGACUAGGACAACAAGGAGAAGCAAGACAGAGAGAACUUGACUCAGAGCACGGUGAAGUGCUAGGAUCUCAAUGGGUGCGUUACCACGAACCAGCUGUAUUCGGUGAACAUACCUGGUGUGAUGUUGCCUGUGGUUGGUCUUUUACGCUUCUUGUGAGCACAGAGGGAUAUGUGUAUGGUUUUGGCACCGCUAAAUACGGCGAACUUGAGGAAGGUGGAUCUUUUGAUAGUCUUUUACGCAUUGGAACCAUGGAAAAUAUCGUCAAAGUUGAUUGCGGCUGGCGUCACGCUAUUGCAUUGGAUAAUCAAGGAAAUGUUUAUGGGUGGGGUUGGGGACGACAUGGUCAGAUUGGAUCAUUGAAUAAGAUGCCAAAGGAUAUUUACCUUCCGCAAAAAAUACCAACCGGCGAACCUGUCACUCAAAUAGCAUGCGGGCAUAUACAUACACUUCUUCUUGGUAAAAGCGGGUCAGUUCAUGGACUUGGAUCUAACAAAUAUGGACAAGUUGGAGGGCAUGAUAACUCAGAAAUCUAUAAAAACCCCAUCGUGAGCAUCUCUGCUGGGUGGCACCACAGUGCUUCGUUGGAUUGUCAAGGACAAUUAGUCAUGUGGGGUAGAAAUAACCACAGCCAAUUAAAAAACCUAAGCAACGUUUCCCACGUUUCGUGCGGGUCGGAGCACACCCUUGCUAUUCAAGGCCAUCAAGUGCUUGCUUGGGGUUGGAAUGAGCACCGAAACUGUGGUUCCGAUAAAGAUAUUGUAUCCGAACCACACGCAAUUCAACUAUCUGCCAUCUUGAUUGGCACAGGGUGUGCGGCAUCUUGGAUUCUUACUAUCUAA